AGUUUGAUGGAAGAGAGUGGGAGGGGGAGAUGGAGGAGGGGAGUUUGAUCGAGAUGUUGGGCUCGGGAGAGGAAGAGGGGUACCUUUUUGGUCCGCCCUCUUCUCUAUCUUCUUCUUCUUCUAGUUAUUCUUCUUCUACGACGGCCUAUAUGCUCUAUUUUGGUGGGCAUGAGGAGGAGGCUGUUCCCCUUCAUGGGAUUGCCCAGAAAUCGAGUGAUUCCUCUUUGUCCUCGCUCUCCUCUUCUCCUCCUUCUACUACCACCACUGCUACUGUCACCAGCUCCAAGUCAUCAAAGAAAAAAGUUGAGGCUUGUAGAGGUGGAGCAGGAAGGAGGACAACCGCAGCUAGUAAUACUACUGCUCACACCUCUGUUACGAGUAAGAAGCCUAGGACUGAGGGUUGCUCUAGCCAUGGUUCAAUCAAGGUCAGGAAGGAGAAGAUAGGAGAGAGAAUUAUAGCAUUGCAGCAAUUGGUUUCACCAUUUGGAAAGUCUGAUACGGCCUCGGUUCUUCACGAAGCCCUUGGUUACAUCCGGUUCCUUCACGACCAAGUCCAGGUUCUGAGCUCUCCGUACCUGCAACGCCUGCCAUCCUCUGCCCACCUGCAUGAGGAGAAAGAGGUGGAGACGAGAACAAACGAUCUAAGGAGCCGAGGGCUGUGCCUGGUCCCAGUGUCAUGCACGGAGCACGUGGCAAACAGCAACGGUGCGGAUCUCUGGUCCCCAGCCAUGGGAAGCACCAACUCUUCCUCUUCCUCAACGAAGCACUAGGCCAUCCUUUCCUCUCUUCCAAGCGUUUCUUCUUGGGUUGUGUGUUUUGUUUCUUGUGUUUUUUCUUUUUCUUUUUAUAUUUACCCUUUUGGGUUCAACCCCUGGCCUUCGGCUGCUGCUUCCUCGUUUUUUUGGGUAAGGGAACAGUUACAGAAGAAAAGAAAGUUUACAGAGGAAUAGAGGGGAAUAGGGGUAGAGGGCUGUAACUUAGAAGAAAAGGUAGAAAGGAAAGGACAAUCCUUUAA